AUGGACCCGCUCUUAAUGCAAGAUGCUCUACCAGAUAUUGAUCGUAUAAUGAAAAUUGCAAAAGAUGAAGGCGUGGAUGAAAAAGACAAAGCCACACGACUCAAUGAGAUUUUCUCUGCUCGCAAUAUACGUUUGAAACGAAUGAAAAACUCUCAUGGUGCUUUAUCACCUGCAGCUACAGAUGGUUAUGCUAAAUGUCCGGAUAUGACCGAAAUGAGAAUACUGUUUCAAUUACAAUCAGAAACUAAUUCAGACAGCUGUUCUACAGACACAACAUCUAAUUUAUCAUCGGAUGUUAACUAUGAUUUAAUAGAAGAUGUAAUGAUCAGUGCGAUCAAACAGCACGUAUGGUGCAAAAAUGGCAAGAAAUAA